AUGGAGAUGUUAAAGAAGUUGUUCGCCUCUGCAUUCAUAUAUGCACUUGUUCUCAGAGUCCUGGUUCAAGAGAGUCAAUCAGGCUUUAUUAACAUAGACUGUGGAACACAAGAAAAUUCUGGCUAUUACGACGAAGAUACCGGCCUGUAUUACACUUCAGAUGCAACCUUGGCAGGGACUGGUGUUGGCAAUAAUAUCUCUUCUGAAUACAAGAGUACUGCCCUUGAAAAACAAUUCUUGAAUGUGAGAAGCUUCCCAGAGGGCAAAAGAAAUUGUUACACCUUGGAAAUUGCUCCUGGCGAUAUUAAGUUUUUUAUUAGAGCAAGAUUCAUGUAUGGAAAUUAUGAUGGCAAAGGUAAAGUACCAAGUUUUAAUCUCAUUCUUGGAGCUGAUGUGUGGGAUUCGGUGGAAUUGGCAGAUGCAUCUACCAUUGUUACCAAGGAGAUCAUCCAUAUUCCCCAGAGCAACUAUGUAUAUGUUUGUCUUGAAAACAUAGGCUUCGGAACACCUUUCAUAUCCGUGUUGGAAUUAAGGCCCUUGAGUAAUUCCACUUAUUAUACUCAAUCAGGAUCACUACUGCUCUAUAGGAGGUUGGAUGUAGGUUCAACUACCAAUCAAACAUUCAGAGGCUGUCAAAUAUCACAUGGUAUGACGCUAUGCAAGCUGAAAUCAGUGCCUUGGAAGCUAACCAUACUUGGGCAUAGUUUCUCUUCCUCCUGGCAAGGCACCCAUCGGUUGCAAAUGGGUCUUAAGGUGAAGUAUAGGUCUGAUGGCACUCUUGAACGUUACAAAGCCAGACUUGUAGCCAAGGGCUACAACCAGCGGCAGGCAUAG